UGUUAUACUUGUUAAUGAUUCUGAAUUGUACUUUGUGCUCGAGUUGCAUCACUCAGUACUCCUCAUUGACCUUGGACUUCACUGCUUGCGUUGCCCUACAGAAAGAAGUGUUUGUGUAAAUGCUGACAGUCUGAUGGAUUAUUACCCACCACCACUUUAUAACAUGGCAGGCCUUUUUGUUGUCUCCCUACACCAUUCAGUUUCCUCUUAAUUCUCUUUCAGGGAUGGAAAUUGAAGAGGAACUCACAAGCCUCCUGCCGACACUAGACAGAGAGAAAAUAAUCUGCAUUGUAGAACAUCUGACGGACGUUAUUGGUGUACAACAAAAAAGUGAUCUUUUGUUUGUGGAGGCGGAAGAUCUCAAACCCUUUCCCACACCAAUUCAAAUACGUAAACUACUUCUUGCAUUUAAAGAUGGCAACAGACCAGAGAACCUGAAUGACACCAUUACUCUGGAGCUUUGCCCUGCUGCAUCAGCUGAAACAUCAAGCCAUCCACCUCACCCCUCCUCCUCCACGUCCACCACUAUGUACAACCAUUACUCCAGCUCUUGGGUCUCACACUUACAGAUUCCUUGGGAAAGAUUUCCACUCCGACUGUCGCAUGCAAUCACAAGAGGGGACAGAGCUCAUCCAGAGGACAGGAGAUGUAUGGUUAGAAUUGUUGUGGAGGCCAUGCAAGUUCACUGCAGGAACCCUAAACGUGCAUCUUGUGAAGAGGUUGCUAAAAUCAUUGUAAACAGAUACCCUCAAACAUUUGCAGAUUUUACUGAAAAGGGAGAAAGACUGGGUUGUGGACAUUAUUCACUACUAAGAAGCAUCAAAUCUAGAGUUGAACAUGUUAAUCGAGAUAAUACAACACAUAGACUUCGUCAAACAAAGAGAACCAGGAAUGAGGAAGACUGAAGUCCCAACAGUAAUGCAACCCACCUAAAAAAAGGUAGAUGCCUUGUUGAUAGCUAUGGUUGUAUAAAUUGGCAGCCAGUUGAACUUCCUGAGGGGGAAACACCAGCUUCUUUAGAGGAAAAGAAGCACAUCUUGUUAACAAUUUUUAAUUCAGAAGGACCUGGAGCUGUGGAGAGACCUGAUGUGGAUGACUUCAUGUGCCUCACAUAUAUUUCUCAGCGGCAGCUUAUCAACAGUUGUCCCUCACUUUCAGUAGCUGAAAUUCAGGAGCAGUGGCCAUUCUUGUUUACUCAGAAAGGUCUUUCGAACCACUUUUACAAACUCACAGGCACUGAUAUCAGUGAGCGCUUAAGUCAGGCCCUCAUAACCAAAGGCAGAAGGAUUAUUAACUAUUUCUCCAGCCAGAAGCUCAAAUGGAACCUUGGUAUAAGGACACUCAUCCAGCAGAUAGAAAGUGAGGGAGUUUUGACAAACAACAAGGUUGGCACAGCAGCCAUACUUCUCAUGAUGAAGUAUUACAAGGAAGAUGAAGACUCCCUCUUUGUCUUAGCAGAUGAAACAUCUACCAGGAUGUCCCCUGAAGCAGAGAGCAACCUGCCAAUCACUCCAAGGCUGAUCACGGCCUUUUAUGUUCCAAACAUGUUCCAAACACCAAAAAAAGUCCAAGAAAAGGCCGUGGGUGGCAACGGGAGGUUUGUUUUAGAACGCACUUCUGACUCCAUUGUUUAAAAAUCAUAUGCCAUUUAUUUCGUGGAAAAUUAUAAACAAAAAUCAGCCAAAUAACUUCUUAAAACUUAAAAUUAAACGAAAGUUAACUUAAUUUGCUUUAACAACUUCAAAAGUGGUCAAAAAAUCAUUUUCUAACCCUCCCGUCCUCCCAUCUGACAUUUGGCAAACAAAAAACAAAAAAACAUUUACCACACCCCUCCAGGGUGCUCUUAAUCCCCUGAUUAAUGGGAGGGUCCAUAAGCUAAUAAACCAAUCACUUUCCAAAAAAAACUUUCUCCAAGAAAAUUGAUUACAAAUCGAUUACAAAUUUACAUAACAAAACUAGGUCAGUAUAUUCCAACAACUGCAAAGAAAAAACAAAAAUGAAUACAAAUUGCAUUUUAUAAACGUUCAACAUAAAUGGCCACAACACUUGGUAAGAAGUCAUU